CAUUUUUUCCACCAAUAUGAGAUGAGGGGAGAGCAGCCUUGCGGCAAGGAACUGCCUAUUGUCCUCGGACACGUGUUGCCCUCCUCCCUAGUGAUAAGAAAAUAACCGAGGAGAUGAGUUCAGCUGUUUGCAGGUUAGAAAGCUAUAGUGGUGGUGAAAAUGUUUUAAUAAGAAACCCUGCUACAGGCUCUUAUGAAAUCCCUGUUUUUGUUGAGGUUUUUCUGCAGGGCCAUUGCCAGCUAGCACAGUUGCGACUGGACCUUGUCAAGUCACAAUGCUCUAGCGGGACAUUUUUACGGUCCAGCUGCCUCAUGCAGCCUUGAAAUAUCUUCCCACCAUAUGCAAUGGUGGUUUCAUACUCUUGUCCUGUGACAUCUGGGACACCGAUAGCCCCGCAGGCCUCCACACCCACCCCAUAGGCCAGGUGAGGGGAAGAUAGAGUCAUCCCCAUUAGAUUUAGUGGUUUGUGGGAUAAAUGACAAGCUAAUUUCAUAAAAGCAAGAGAAUCAAAGGAGCACCCGCCCGGUUCAAGGCACAGCAGUUUUAAGUGCACGUGUCCCUCUUGAACUCAAUGCCAAUGAGACUGGCCCAGCCUUUAGUGAGUCUAAACACCUCACUAGAAAAAAAUCUGUCCCUGUCUUAAAAGCACAAAGAGUAAGGAAAAGCGACUGAAGCCUCAGUGGCUUGAAUAUCAUUUUGCUCUAUUUCCAGGCAGGCUCAGGUAGAUGAUUAGUCAAAUUCCAAACAUCCUCUUCCUUGCCGUCUGGAGGUUCAACAGGGAUUAGCUUUUUGUUUCUGAUGUCAAGCUUCUAAAAACUGCCCGGCAUCAUCCACAUGAAAAUAAAUAACUCUAUUUCUAUCCUAGCUCACAUGUAAUGUAGCCGGAUAUUUUAAAAAAAAAACCACACCGCACAUAGCCCCCCCAAACCCAGGCCUUGCAGCAGCUCUUGUUGCUACCGAGCAAGAAAUUUGCAGCAGUCCCUGCUAGCUUACUGCUGAGUCCUUCUCCUCUCCGGCGGUGAUAUCUCUCCCUGCUGAGGAGUUUAAUCAACCCUCCCACACGCAGGCUGUUCUGUCCUGGCCAGGCAGCCAUUACGGCAUGGGGGACCCCCUACACAGCUUGAACAAGGUGGCUUGAAGGUGGUGGAGCUGCGCCAAGUUAUUUGAGGGUAGAGAUCCUCCAAGGGCACUUGAGCCUCCAUUUACCCCUUAUGAACUUUAAACACGUAAUGGGGUGAUGGACAUUUGGGACCUAGCUGCUCUCAGCUCCCUCUACACAGACAGAAGGACUUCCAGAAGCUGGUUUGGCCAUUCCAAAUCCUCAGCUUUCCUGCUGCUGACCACCAAGGAGCCCAGGGCUAUGGUGUUCCUUUGGCCGGUGCCAUCUGGAGCGAGGCGAGAUGGACCCAGGCCCUUUUAAAACCUUUUUUUGGAGCCUCCUACAGAUUUCAGAAGGAGUUUCAGUUCUCCGGUAGACGUUAGGGCAGUAGCUCCACCCUGCCGGGGGGUCGAAACCAAAUUGUCAUCACGUGAAACGGCUGGUACGCUGCUGGCGGGCCAGGAUGGAGAAUGAAGGGAAUUCUAAGAGCGUUCUGAGGAAUUUGGGGUGGGACAGGGCUAGCAUGGCUGGAACAUCUAAGGUAAAGUCCUGUUAAGGUCUCUGUUGGUGGAAACCAGCAAAGGUAUGCAUUGCAUUUCCACUUCCUUCCACUUGAGCUCCAAAAUUGGGGCCGAGCCACUCCAGACUCAGUUUGAGGGACUCCCAGGACACUUCUUAUCUCUGCACUCGUGCACCUCAGAUGGCCCGGGCUUUGGAGCUGGCAUGGCUCUGACGACCUCCCCACCUGUGGGGAAAUCUGCCCCCUCUUCUUCUGGGUCAGGGUGAAGUGCGGUGAUCCCUUCUGACCCAAGAGCAUCUUGACACGCUGCCCUACCAUAGGACCUUUCAUUUUGUGUUUGAGUUACCCGUCUCUGUGAUGGGAGGAGCAGAGGAGCUAUGCUAUUUUAAGAAAGCUAUGGAGGACCCCCAGUCCUCCUUGUGUCCCUGUGCUUCCUGACCCACGUCCACAUCCGUGAGACCAAAAUCAGGUUCAGGAGCAUAGCUAGCCAAGCCGGGAGGUGUUGUCAGAUGCCUACUACAGAAGAGCAUUUGGUGGGCUGCCUGCUGCUCAGUUCUGGUAGCUGCUUCUCGUACCCGGACACUUUGGAUGGUGCAUACGCGAGUGCUGGUGCGAGACCGUGUGUUUUAGAGGGGGUUGGCUGCAUGAGACUCGCAGGCACCUAGAUAGUCUAAGGGAGCAUGUGUGAUGCUGUGAGAUGAGGCCACUGGUAUGCCUGUGGGUGUAUGUAUGUGAGAAAGGAAGAGAGAGGGGGAAGAGUGAAGGAGAACACAUGGAUGCCCAGGGAUGUGUGAAUGAGACAAAAUUUGCACGUAGCUGUGCAUGCGAGCAGCUCGAAUAGAAGCGUGUGCGUAGCAUAGAAAAAGCAGGGAAGAUGCUUGGGAUUCAGAGCGAAUGCCUGCCGAGAGCCUGCGGUGCAUGACGGUGCAGGAAUGUAUCGGUGGAUACGAGCCUGCACAAAGAUGGUGCAGAAAUCCCUCCUGGUUGUGCCUGGAGUGUGCUUUGCGAGUGUGCAGCUCCGCACCGGGAGAUCACUCGUACGUACAUGAGAGGGCGUACGUACGGGUGUUUUUUCAAUAGGAUAUGACUCUUUCUUGAACUCACCUGUUAGCAGCCUUUCCCUCCCUAUCCCUCUCCCCCCCCCCCCCCCCCCCCCCCCCCCCAGCAAAUAUCUGCUUGCUUAAUUUCCCUUCAGAUGUUUAUUACAUCGUGGAAAUAAUCAUGCAGCAAAAUACCUCCCGGUGCCACAAGAAACACCAGAUUGUCUUGUAGCAACGUUUAAAUUUCUCUGGCUUUUUUUUUUUCCCUGCACACAAAGAGAUGUAAGAUAUUAAAGCCGACUCUCUCCCCAGAGCUAGUGGUAUAGCAGGGCAGGGAAGAAGGCGAGUAGAGCUUAGAGAAAUGGGCUCCAGACUGCAACAGUGAGAACCCAGGGCCAAAUAAAUAACAAACUACCGUGCCGGGAACUCCUUAUCUCUUGCCGAGGAGGAAGGAAUUUCUGUCCCCAUUCCUCACGCGAUAUUAAAGCCACAUUAUACGGGUUAUUACAACAUUAGUCAUUUUUAAUUAAUUUAUCAUUUAAAUUAACACACUUUUUAUUUUGUCAGCAAUGGAGAGCUACUCCCUCCCUAGAUUUUUCGCCUUGAUACCGGGCCAAGAGGAUGGCAAGCUAUGCUCCACCCAUCUCCUCUCCUUUAUAAAAGCAGCCCCGAGUGCCAGUUUAGUCUCUCUUGCAGCUCGCAGACUAAAAUAAAGACCCAUCAGCUCGCUCGCCUCCCCUUCAAUUUUACCUUUUCUGCCUUUUUUUUUUUUUCUUUCUUGUUGCAACAGAGCGCGGGAGGCAGCAGCAGCUCCGCUCUGAGGCUUGUCAAGGCUCAGCGCACGCACACACACACACACGCACGCAACCCAGAGCGAAAACAUUUGCUCUCACCUGUCUCCAAACCCAAAGCAAACCUCACGUCCAAGCAAACUGCCAACACUUCGAAGGAGAAGGCACCCGAGCCAGAAUUUAAUGUAAGGGGAAGAAAUUCAAUGUACACUAGCAACUUUUCGCUAAAAAGCAAGUGGGUGUAAGGAAGAAAAGGAGCAUUUUAAGAAAAGGACACCUUAAGGAAGAUUUUAUUUUUUGGAUUCCAUACCAAACUUUGGAAAAGUUGUUUUUUUUAAUUAUUAUUUUGUGCAUCUUUUCCUAAGAACAUUGAGCCGUUGUUACCUGCAUGUAAGAUCUUUUACACACAUAUAUUUUAAAAAAGGAAGAAAACCAAGAGGAAAAAUAGCAUGUGGACCACCUAGCAAAAGGCAAUACCGAAGCAUCCCUUGCGGUGAGGGGGACGCAGGCUCCGGAUGCGUAUAAUUUCGAGGGACUGCAUUUUUUUUUCCACUGGGCUGAUGAGAUAGCGCAGAGGCAGGCGAGUCACCGAGAAUUACUUCUGUCUCCCCUCACCACCACCACCACCACCACCGCCACCCACCUCCUCUUCCACGGACUCCUGCAACUCUCCAGCCCGGCUCGGAGGGGACAUGGGAACGCGGGGAGCCCUCGAUGCCUGAGGCCGGGCGGCCGCGGAGCUGUCUGCGGGAAGCGCUUCCCUCCCGGGGCUCGCCGUCCAUGUACCCGCAGCCGGCGGGGCCUGAAGUCGGGAUGAAUUUCGGCGUGGUCUUCGCGUUCAUCCUCUCCCUGCCCCUGGCCCGCCUGGAGGGGGACCCCAUACCUGAAGACAUUUAUGAGAUUUUGGGUGGCAGCUCAGUGCGCUCCAUCAGCGACCUCCAGCGUGCCCUGCGGAUAGACUCCGUAGAGGAGGAUAGCUCGAGCCUGGACCUGAAUGCAACUCAGCCCAGUCAAAACCCAAUGGCCCUGUCUCGAGAGCGACGAAGCCUAGAUGCUCUGGCAGCAGCAGAGCCAGCUGUCCUUGCAGAGUGCAAGACGCGGGCGGUGGUCUUUGAAAUCUCCCGCAACAUGGUGGACAGCACCAACGCCAACUUUGUGGUGUGGCCGCCCUGCGUGGAGGUGCAGCGCUGCUCCGGGUGUUGCAACAACCGCAACGUGCAGUGUCGUCCCACGCAGAUUCGCGUCCGACAUGUCCAGGUGAACAAGAUCGAAUUUGUCCAGAGGAAGCCAAAAUUCAAAAAAGUCGUUGUGCCUUUGGAGGACCAUGUGCAGUGUCGGUGUGAAGCAGUGUCCCGUCAGCCCCCCAGGAACAGCCGGCCAGGGCCACGUGAACAGAGACGCUUGUCACCAUCGUUCACCACAGCCGCUGUCUCACAGAGGCGGCGAGUACGCCGGCCGCCGGCGCAGAAGAGGAAACAUAAGAAGUACAAGCAUGUCAACGAUAAGAAAGUGCUGAAAGAAAUCCUCAUAGCAUAGAAGUGCUGGCAGGGGAGAGAGAGCACAAGGCAGGUUUAUUUAAUAUAUUUGCUGUAUUGCCCCCAUGGGGUCCUUGGAGUGAUAACUUUUCUUCUUUGUCCGUCUGCCUCGACGUCUGAUUCAGACGGCAAUUGGUGCUUCCCUUUCCAUCAGUGGACCUUCUCCCACCAAAGCCUCUCCCUUCUUUCAUUUAUUAGCAUAAUUUUAAAGUUUUACACACAAAAGACAAGGACAAACAUGACCUAUAUAUAUAUAUAUGAGAAAAGAACAAAGUACAAAUAAAACCAUGAACCCUGACAGCCACAACAUGCGACAAGGACAGGACAACGCCUUCCCAGCUCCAGAGGACAGGAUGGAAAAUGUGAAGAGGAAAGUGGGUCCAAUUACUUCCGAGGGGAGGAGAAAAACAAACGAACAGAGGGCGGAAGGGGAAUGUUCUCCCUUUCCCUCGUGUUUCUGGUAAGGCUGGGGGGCCUGGCUGAGAUCAACACUUGCACUGGACCUACAUUUUGAAAACAGGCAUAUCUCAGAUUGCAAGCGGCGACUGAUGAUGGAAAAUGCACUAAGGACUUUUAUCGCCCUACCUGGACAGAUAUAUAUUUUUAAUGUGUGUGUGUAUAUUUUAUUUUAAAAAAGAAAAACCAAAACCACUAAGAUACACAACAUCUCGGGGAACAGAACAAAAAAACAAAACAAAACAAAACAAAACAAAGAAGCCAAAUGCAUUCCCCCCCUCCCUUUCCCCUCCUGCUCCUGGUGCUGACUGGAAGGUGUUUGGAUCGUGGGGAAGGAGCAGACGGCAGCAGAAUCGUCUCCACGCCCCCGGCCCCUGCCAAGGGGAGCCAUCUUUGCACAUGCUGGUGGAGAAUUCAACUUUCCAGGCUCGGACUCAAAUUAUUUUUUAAAUUCGCUCUGUAUGUGUGCGCGUGUAUAUGUGUGUGUAUAUAUAUAUAUAUAUAUACGUGUGCGUGCGUGUGUGUGUGUGUGUGUAUGUGUAUUUAUACAUACAUAUAUAAAUAUAUAUAUAUAUGUUCUUAAAUGGAUUUCAUUCCCCAGUGGCAGGAAGCUCAGAGGCACGUGCAUGCAUCGGCUUCGUUGGGCUGGCAGAAAAGCACGCUGUUACUGCAACGUGCCUGCGAGGUCCGGGACGGGACAGGCAGAGACAUCAUCUGAUCCCUCUCUGUCUUGUUGCCCUUUUCUCUCACUCUCCACCACCCCCCCAGCACAACUUCCUUGCAGGAGGCGAAGUGGCACCACAACAACACCAACAGCAGCCAAACUUAGAAGCAUGACUUAAUCUCAGCGAGCUGUCCUUGCCUGCUCUGUGGUCCUGAAAGCAGAAUCGUGUCAUUCCCCCGAGAUUUUUAACCCCUUCAUGGGUGUCCUACACACCAUGCCUCCACUGCUCUCUCCCUGCCAAUGUCGCCGCAUGUCCCAUCAUUUUCCUCACAUUUUCCCUCUCAAAUUCCUUUUGGAUUUUUGCCCGUUAGAUGUUCCCAAGCCCACCUAGCUUGGAAGUUGGUCCAAGAUGUGGGCAGCUCUGUGCAGGUAUAGAGAAAGAAAUGAGGACAGUCUUUGCAGUUGGCAGCAGCCGUCUGAGAUAGAAACGAGCUCUUCUAAGUGAGGAGGACUCGGAGAACAACUGGAGAGUCAGUUGUAGAGUCCCUCCCGGGCCAAUGCCUGCUCCGGAGGUGGGAGGAGGACUCUCUGAGCAAGGGCUAUUUCUGCACACCUAAUACUCAGUCACCAUUAGCAGAAAUGUUACGUAUGAUGGGAAUUUCCAGCGUCACCUCAGAGUCCUGGUCUCGGAUUGUGCCG